AUGAAAAUAAGAGAACUGAAAGCUUAUAUUCAAAGGAAAUUUUCUUGCAAGGUAAAUACUCCACAGUGUCAAAGGGCACGAGCUAAGGCAUUAUUUUUAAUCGAGGGGAAACUGUCAGACCAUUAUGCAAAAGUUUUGGAUUAUGGCCAAGAAAUUCUUAGGUCAAAUCCGGGUAGUACCGUAAAUAUUGGAGUAAAAAGUAAUCCGAAUGGCAAUUAUUUUCAAUGUAUCUGCAUUUGCUUUAAAGCCUUAAAAGAUGGUUGGAACAACAGUUGUCGUCGGGUAAUUGGAUUGGAUGGUUGUUUCUUGAAGGGACGAGUUAAAGGAGAGCUAUUAUCUGCAAUCGGAAGAGAUGCAAACGAUGAAAUUUAUCUCAUAGCUUGGGCCGUUGUAAACGUUGAAAACAAAGACAACUGGAAGUGGUUCGUUGAACUGUUAGGUGCAGACAUUUGUUUUGAACAAGGAAGAGGUCUUACUUUGAUUUCAGACCAACAUAAGGGGCUUGUUGAAAGUGUGAAGGAACUAAUGUCAUAUGCUAAACACAGACAAUGUGCACGACAUAUUUAUGCGAAUUUUAGGAAGAACUUCAAUGGUGAGAUGGCAUUUUUUGAAGUUGAUAGGGCUUGCGGGGCAGUUGAGAAUGGGAUUUCAGAGUCUUUCAACUCUGUGAUUGUGGAAGCAAGAAGAAAACCAUUACUUACGAUGUUAGAGGGAAUUAGAUUAUAUUGCAUGGAGCGGUUUGAAGUUAUGUCAAGCAAAGCAAAAACAUGGGAAAAGGAAAUUUGUCCAAAUAUAAGUAAAAAAAUGAAUUAUUUCCAUACAAACAUGAGAAAUUGGCUAGUCUACCCUGCUGGAGGAAGUGUGUUUGAAAUAAGAAAUGGAUACGAUGCAUACAAGGUUGACUUAAAUGCACACUACUGUAGUUGCAAGCUAUGUAAGGAUAAAUUCAUAGCAGCAUAUACCAAGACAAUCAAUCCCAUGAAUGGAAGUAAAAUGUGGCCAAAAACACCUUACAAAAAGCCUUUGCCACCAAAAGAAAGGAGGAUGCCAAGCAGACCUACUAUUAAAAGGAAGAGACAUGAGAUUGAAAACAAAUCCAAGUAUCCAACUGUUUCAAAUGCAGGGAGGCCAGAAACUUGUCGUAUUUGUUUACAAAUUGGCCAUAAUGCUAGAACAUGCAAGAAUGAGAAACAACUACCCCCUCCCAAGCCAAAAAGACCGACCGGAAGGCCUAGAAAUGACGAUUUUGAUGAUCGUAUAAAAUGUGGAAGAGGAAGUAGAGGAGGAAAUAGAGGACGGGCUGGAGAUAGAGGAGGAGGUGUGAGAGUUAUAAUAAAUGACGAUGAUGAUUUUGUGGAUCAUUAUAUGGAAAAUGAAAACGAACAUGUUAUUUAUGAUGAUGAAGGAGUGCCUAACAGUCAAACACAAACUUGUGUCCCUGAGACGCAAUAUGAUGCAGAUGGUGAUCUUCAAGAGGUUCCGGUGAGAGAUGAGGAAGAUUCUGAAGAUUUUUGGAACAUCAUACCAAACUAA